AUGCAGGGACUGAUUAAAGAAAUGGUUAGGAAUGCUUCACGAAAUCAUCGAAUCCAUCGUACAAAAUUCGAUCUUUUCAGAAAUAAAUCCACGUUGAUGGGUGCUUUCGCUCCUUCUCGAUCAAGAAUGUACGCUCAACCUCAUGAUUUCAACAUCUUACGAGAUGAUAUGGAACAUGACACCUCACUUCCCACUUUCAUGGUUGGAUAUAAAAAUGGAUUUUUACCGAGACAGGAACCGCUUGCCAGAUUACCAGAACGAUUUUAUGCCCUUGAAUAUUUAUUACAAAACAUGCCAAUUCAUUUACCAAACGGUGAAGGCGGUUUAUUGUCAAAAGGUCAAUUAGGUGAAGCUGUAAAAGAUUUGCCGCAGUACGACGUUUCUGAUAUUAAUGAUCAGAGGUUGCUUUCUGCUUUAUUUAGAGAUUAUACUUUCUUGACCUCGGCAUACCUCCUUGAACCAUGCGAUAUUAUGUAUCGAGAAAAGAAAGAUUAUGGCCUCGGACGUAGCGUUCUACCAAAAAAUAUUGCGAUACCUUUAGCAACGCUAGUCCGUGCAUUUGCUGGAACACCAUCAGAACAUGGGUUCAUCUUGGUGCACGUUGCUAUGGUAGCACAUUCAGGAAAUUUGGUGAAACAUGCGACGGAAACACUUGAAGCAACUCAGGAACAAGAUCGCGUUAAAUUUAAUAAUGCGUUAAAGCAUUUGAAUGAUACCAUGACUCUAAUUAAUCAAGAGAUGGAUACGAUGUGGGAACGUUCAAAUUCGAUGGAUUAUUUGAAAUUUCGGACAUUUAUCAUGGGUUCGAAAAACCAACCAAUGUUUCCAAAUGGUGUGGUUUAUGAAGGUGUAAGUGAAAAACCAUUAUUCUAUCGAGGAGAAUCCGGAGCAAAUGAUUCGAUGAUUCCGUGUAUGGACAAUCUCUUGCAAAUAACUUCGAAAUUACCAAAUAAUCCUUUAACUGAAAUGUUAAAAGAUUUUAGAAGAUAUCGUCCUACGAAUCAUAAGGAAUUUUUAGAAUUUGUACAAAAAAAGGCUGAAGAAUUGAACGUUCGUGGGUUUGCUAUUCACGAUGCAAAUAGCACCGCGUUAUAUCUGGCAAAUAUGGAUCAAAUCCGAGCGUUUCGUCAUAGACAUUGGAACUUUACGAAAGAAUACAUAAUAAAAAACACUAUGCAUCCGGUAGCGACAGGCGGCUCACCUAUCGUAACGUGGUUACCGAAUCAACUUGGGACGAUAUUAGAUCAAAUGAGUAAAGUGGGUCAGACCAUCAACUAUAAUGAAUUAACACCUGAGAAUAAAAUUAUCGUAGAUGAGAUUAUUAAUAGGGUUGAUUCACAAGAGAGAGUGUUAAAACGUGAAGUUGAAUUCUUGAAACAGAAAUUUGGUUCUAAUCAAGAUAGAGUCGUUGUUUAG